AUGACGGCCGCCGACGAGAACGAUGCAUCCCCGUCUGCCUCUGCGAAGGCAGCGACCAGAGCUGCUAGCAAGCUCCCUCCGAUCCCAAACGGUGCCAAAAUCCAGAAACGGCCCCUCAUCCGCCGCCAGCUCCCUUCCUCGUCCAAAACCCCCGUCAUCUACGUGUCCUCGUCGACGCCAUUCAUGUCCGCCGUCAAGCGCGUCCAGAAGCACCUCGACAAGUCACUGCGCAACGCCACGGCCGCCGCACCCAAAAACGCCUCGCUCCACUCCCGCGUCGAGGCCCUGAGGCGUCGCGGCGCCGACGCCGACUCCGGGACCAGCGCGACGGCGGUCACGGUCAUGGGUACCGGCAAGGCGGUGCAGAAGACACUCAGCCUGGCGAGUUGGUUCGAGCAGAAGGCCGACUGUGCCGUCGAGAUCAAGACGGCCACGGUGGGGACGGUGGAUGAUGUGCUCGUCGAGGGACUCGAGGGCGACGACGAGAGCCGUGUGAGGAGGUUGAGUUGCUUAGAGGUGGUGGUGCGAUUGAAGUAG